AUGUGAAACUGGAGCGGAAAUUCAGAGUCACUUCAACAUGGCGGCGCCGUAGGAAGACUUGAGAACAACAACUGAGAUACUGGAAAAAACAGGGAGACGAUCAGAUUGGAAAGCGGCCGGCCUGGAUAUCGAGUCACUGGUUUUGGUUUUAAGAUGUUCACACGUCAGCUAAGCUAACCGUUUAAACCUUUUGGCCAACAGAGCGAGUUCAGUGUAGCGUCCGAGUGGAUCUGUGAGGGCGCAGCAUCCAUCUGCACUGCUGACUUCAGCCUGCAACUCCAGAUCGUGCACACUUUCGUGUACCUGGGUCUUCGCAGACUUUUCUCAACGAAGAACAUACCACAGUUCCUUUUCGCCUCAGUGUUUCUUCUUGCAUGACCUGUUUUCUGAAACAGCAGUGAUGUCACUCGUAGAUCCCACGUCUGAUACCACACCAUUCUUCUCUGAUGACAACGAGGGGGAAGGGUCUGCUGGAAAGGAUGAACUGCCUUCACCUAAGCAGGAAGAGGACUCCCCUAGUGGGCUGUCGUAUAUGCGAGCACAUCUGACUGUAGCAGUACUCUGCUACAUCAACUUGCUUAACUAUAUGGACAGAUUCACUGUAGCAGGUGUGCUUCCUGACAUUGAGCACUUCUUCAACAUCGGUGAUGGAAAAUCAGGGCUGCUUCAGACUGUCUUUAUCUGCAGCUAUAUGUUCCUGGCUCCUCUCUUUGGUUAUCUGGGAGACAGGUACAACCGGAAGAUGAUCAUGUGUGUGGGCAUUGGCUUCUGGUCAGUGGUCACUCUGGCUAGCUCCUUCAUUGGCAAAGAUUAUUUCUGGGCAUUGUUGUUGACGCGUGGCCUAGUGGGGGUGGGUGAGGCCAGUUACUCCACCAUUGCUCCCACCAUCAUUGCUGAUCUUUUCAUCAAGGAGAAAAGAACCAACAUGCUCUCCGUCUUCUACUUCGCCAUCCCUGUAGGCAGUGGUCUGGGCUAUAUAGUGGGAUCUGCAGUGGAUAAGGCUGCAAAAGACUGGCACUGGGCCCUGCGGGUGACCCCUGCUCUGGGACUGGUGGCAGUCUUGCUGUUGGUGUGUGUGGUUAAAGAGCCCAAGCGCGGUGCUAUUGAAGCCCGACCUGAACACACCCUGCAAAGGACCAGCUGGCUUGCUGAUAUGAAGGCCCUCUGCAGAAAUAAUAGUUUUGUUCUGUCGACGUUUGGCUUCACGGCGGUGGCAUUCGUCACAGGCUCUUUAGCUCUGUGGGCUCCUGCUUUCCUUUUCAGAGCUGCAGUCUUCACUGGUGAAAAACAGCCUUGUGUUGCCGAGCCCUGUGACACCUCUGACAGCCUGUAUUUUGGGAUCAUCACGUGUGUGACGGGCGUGUUGGGGGUGGCGAUGGGUGUAGGGGUCAGUCAGUGGCUGAGGAAGAGGACGCCACGUGCUGACCCACUGGUGUGUGCUGCUGGACUCCUGCUGGCAGCCCCUUUCCUCUAUCUGUCCAUUGUCUUCGCCCAGAAAAGCACUAUAGCCACCUACUUCUUCAUCUUUUUUGGUGAGAUGUUCCUCUGCAUGAACUGGGCGAUCGUGGCUGACAUUUUGCUGUACGUUGUGGUCCCCACACGGCGGUCCACUGCAGAAGCUUUCCAGAUUGUUAUCUCACACCUGCUGGGAGAUGCAGGGAGUCCCUACUUCAUAGGGGUGGUGUCAGACUCACUGAAGCAGGCAGACUCCUACAUGUGGCAGUUCCGCUCUCUGCAGCUCUCUCUCCUGCUGUGUUCCUUUGUGGCUGUGGUGGGCGGAGCCUUUUUCCUGGCCACUGCCCUCUUCAUUGAAAAAGACCGGCAAAUGGCUGAGAACUAUGUUCAAGCAGAUGAUGCACCCAUCAUUGUCCCUAAAAGAGGAAGAUCCACCAAGGUCCCGGUGUCAAGUGUCUUAAUUUGAUGGCAGGGAUGUUGUGAAUCUAGGGAAUUCCAGCUUCAUGCGCCAAAGUAGAUGGACAUAGUUCAGCUGAAGGCUGGGCCUGGAAUAGCCUGGGAAGAAUAGAACCACUGAUUGGACUGUCUCCCCUUCAGGGAUUUUUAUGAUUAUUUAUUUUGCUUGUAAUAUUUGUUAUUAACCCUUCUGUCAGUUUGGGAGCAUUACUUAAGUAACAAGAAGUAUAAAAGGGGCACUUCUGAAGAACUCGCUGUUUUAUAGACCUCGUGUACUGACUGUCGUUCAGCAUUUCACUAAGGACCCCUGUGUUUCCUGUUGAAUGAAAGCUGAUGACUGAGGACUUUUGGAAAAUGUAUGCAGAUGAAGUGGAUAACAGGAGGCUUCGGGUGAUCAGAGAAACACAGACUGUGUUUUAAACCCAAAACCACAAUAAGGAGAUUUACAUUUUUUGUUGAAUUUUGUUUAUUUCCAGGUCAAAAUUAAAGCAGCACUGGACAAAUUUAGCAGAUAUCAAUUGACUUACCUGCAACACAACAUCUGAACCACUGUGUAGUGAAGUGGCUACACUUUUAGCAAACACCUGUUCUGUGGUCAGCUCUCUAACGUGGUCAGCUCUCUAUGCUUUUAGCUCUUUAACAUAAGUUUUGUGGUCAGCCCUCUCAAGCUAACUUCAUGUGUGCAGUGUUCUAACAUGUCAGACAUACUAAUCCAGUUCCUGUUGAUUUUAUAAUUUUACUCAUCUUAUAGGCUGUAAGGUUGAAAGGUGCACAGAAACCAAACACUACCCCUAAAAUCAUUCUUCAGAGAUGAGACUAGCUUUUGUUAUGCUGAUUACACUUUCUCAAUAAGACACAUUCAGUGGAGCUGAAAAGUUCAGUGAACAGACUGUUUUGCAGAUGUUUUGCUCUUAAUUGUCUGAAGAAAAUCAUUCCUUUUUUGAUUUUUUUGUGAGGACGGUUAUAGAGUACCAAGUGUUUAUUUUGAAAAAGCUGUAAUUUGGGGAAUAAUUUUUACAUUUGAAGACGCUAAGUUUUAUUCAUCUUUUUAAAUUAAAUAUGGUUAAGAUCAUGUGUGUAUAUUUUAUUAUAAUAUUUUUUUCCUACUUCAGCUUCUCUGAGCAGUUGCUGUGGUUGACGUCACUCCUUAGCAACUCAUGUUUUAUAUUUAUUUACUGAUCCAAUUCUGCGUAGUAUUAAAACUCUUGGAAAUAGUGUUACACCA